UUUUGAAAUAGCAGUGCCGUCUCCUUUAAUGUAGUAAGAAGUUACUUGUUUGAUAGCAGGUUGAGUUAGGGGUGAGGUUAAUGGACGACAAAAAUAAUAACCAAUAAACCAAUCGCCUAUGUUAUUAUGUAUAGACCUUCAACUUGUAAUAGACUUUUAAUCAAUUAAUAUAUUAUUUUUUACAAUUAAAAUAAUUUGUUAAAACAUAACAAAUAAAACAUUGUAAUGUCAGCAGUUUCUUUGUCACAAGAAUAGCUUUCCUAUAAAUAUCGAUCGAUUAUGGAAAACCUUAUAAAUUUUGUUUUGUGAUUCAUGGAUACGCGUUGUCAUUUUAUGUAAAACAUAAAUACUAACUGCGCUUGAUAAACAAUUCAAAAUUUGUUUCAAAUAAACCCUCGUUCUGUGAGUGUUAAAUUUGCUAACGUGUUAUCAUGUGUUUAUGUUCGUUUCUUACAUACAUACGAUCAAAAUUACCUAUAACGCUGUAAUGUCUUGAAGUAACUUUGAAUUCACGCCUAAAAUGAGAUAGACUGUCCAGUCUCUGUGUUCUGUCUUUGAUAUCACGUCCAUGUAUUGUUGUUCUUUUCUUUCACGGCUGGGCGUCGGGAUGGCGAGCAUGAGUUCCACGCUCGUCGAGACCGUCUCCAUCAACUAUGAGGACUUUAAUGAGAGCUUCCUCACCUGCGGCACAUGUUUAUGUACUUAUGAUGGUGGUGAACACACGCCAAAGCUUCUACCGUGUUCGCAUACUGUUUGCUUGCAUUGCCUUACACGUAUAGCCGCUUCACAAACCCGAGACGCUGGAAGCUUUAGAUGUCCGAUAUGUCGCGAACUAAUUACGAUACCUCGAGGCGGGGUGCCCGCACUGCCGCCGUCGUUCCUCGUCAAUCAAUUGCUCGACCUCAUGGCUCGGCAACGUCGCGAAGUGAUACCACAGUGUAGCUCGCACCCAGGAAGAGAAUUGUUAUUCUGUGAAACGUGUGACUGUGUGUUUUGCCGACACUGUGCCGAUGGACCGCACAGCGACACCCCGUGUGAUCAUACCGUUGUACCAUUUUCAAUAGCUUUAAAGAGAAUGUCCGAGAUACUGUUGUAUAGAGCGAAUGAAUGCCUCAGCAAACUUGGUUCCGCGAGGGAAGCUGUUGCUAGUGAAUUGCGGAGGCUGGAAGCUGCCGCGACUGCGGCCGAUGAAGCUAUCGACAGACACUUCGCGGAGCUCAGAGCGGCGUUGGAUAAACGUCAUAGUGAACUUAAAUCGGCUGCGGCAGCCGCCGCUGCUCAUAAGCGAAAGUUGCUUGAAGAACAAUUGAAGUUAAUUGAUGCGGAAAAAUCAAAGGUGGAAGCAGAAUGUUCUGGUCUUCAACAACAAGUGGAGGUGCGGGAAGUGAGUAGUCGGGCUGCAGCCUUGGGCGCGCGGCUUGGCGACGCGGCCGCUCUCGCCGAGCCCAGGGAAAACGCGUUCCUCGCCGUGGACUUCGCUCACAACGAUGCACAGCAAAGGUUCUCGGAGUCAUUAAUGGACUUGGGCAGAGUUCGAACUAGCACCACAUUCCCUGGUCUUUGUACUUUACAGUUAGAAUCACAGUGUGUGUGCGGGCUGGAGGUAGUGGUGGUAUUAAGGACGGUGGACUAUCAUGGGGAGGCGCGUAGCACUGGCGGCGACCCCGUCACCGCCGCCGCCACGCUCGACGACGCGCCACUCGCCUGCACAGUCACCGAUCUCGAUACCGGCCUCUACAGAAUAACGAUGCGUCCAUGGAGCGCGGGCGCGGUGUGCGUGCGCGUGCUGGUGUUCUCGCGCGCGGUGCGCGACUCGCCGCUGCGCGCGCGCGCGCUGCCCGCCGCCGCGCCGCUGCUCGUGUGGGGCUCGCGCGGCACCGGCAAGGAACACCUCACGCAGCCAGUCGCGCUCGCCAGGUGUCCGAAACGCCGAGAAAUAUACGUACUCGAUGCGGGUAAUUCAAGAGUCAAGGUGUUGGAUGAUGAGACCUUUGCAUUUAAAACACAUAUAGUUAAUGAAGGGUUAGCAGGCCGAAGUUGUACAGGAAUAGCGGUAACAGCAGACGGAGUUAUAGCUGUUAAUUGGCGAACUCGUACACUUACUGAGGUGAACGCGGAGGGCGGCACGGUGCGCACGCUGUCGUCGGAGCGGCUGGUGGAGCCGGUGUGCGUGGCGGCCGACGCGGCCACGCGGCGGGUGGCCGUCGCCGACAACGGCGCCAGGGCCGUGUUUCUCUUCGACGCGCACGGCAACAUCGAACGGGAGGUAGGAGGUGGUGAGUUGGGGCUAGUCGGGGGUCUAGCCUUGUCGGAAGACAUGCUGAUAGUAGCAGAUGUAGCUAUACGAGUCUACGAUUUGGAUGGUAAUUUGAAAAAUGUGUUUGCUCCAGUACCAAAGGGGCGAGGCGGGUACGGCGGUAUAGCGCUCGAGGCAGAGUCUCAGGGCGGGCGCGUGGUAUGCGCGCGCGCAGUCCGCGGCCGGCCCGCGCUGGUGGUGCUGGACGUGCGCGGCGCCGGUGCGGUGCUGGCGGCCGCCGAGCUGGCCGACCGCCGCCCGCGACGGCUCGCCGGCCUCACGCUGCUGCCCGGCAAGCGAGCACUCCUCGCAGACCUCGCGGGAGACUGUCUACGGCUGCACACCUACUGGUGAACGAAAGAAGCGAACGUAACUGAAUGAAGCCUGAUGCCGUAUGGCGAUAACGAAUUCCAUGCUAGUCCUAUAUUAUAACGGGAAUCGAACUGUUAGCCAUAACCUGGGACUGCGAGCGGAAGGUACUUGCACCAAAGUUUUUAGUCGACCGGCGCUCUGCCGCUGGACUAUGUUAAAAUUUAUUCAUAGUACUUACAGUAUUUAUUUCGUAUUAAGUUGGUUAUAUAUAAGUUUGUUUCUUAUUUUUUUUUUUAUGGUCGAGUUUAUUUUCGACGUUAAUUUUUUAUACAACAAUUGUGACUGAUUUUUUUUUUCGAUUUGUCUUAAAUAUCAAGUGGUUUGUUUCUAAAAUUCUUUAAUAAUGAUGAAUUUGUUAAUUUUGCGACAGAUUCUGAAGAGCGUUUAUAAUUUUAGCUUACCAAAGGCCACGUCGCAAUUAUCUAUCAUGUAUUGAUAACGAUUUAACAAUUGUCAAUGUUUCUGACUGAUUAUUUAUAAAGUUCUCUAUCAUCGAACUGAAACGUUAAUCAUGCAAAAAUAUUCUUAUUAAGUUGUUACUAAAAAUUUGGAUUUUGAUAGCUAAAAUGCAUUUGAAAAAUUCCGAAGCAUAAUAUGAAGUAGGUGCAAAUUUUUAGCAAUACAUUCGUAGAUAUGCAACGUAUUCUGUGACUGACGUUAUAAUUCGCUAGCAGAUUACUUUUAAAAUAAUUAGAAACAUUGAAAAAUAUUUAAUGCCUACAGCAUGGGUAAUAUGGAUACCGAUCCGAUAUCUGUAUAUUGGAUUCCUCUGGAUAUUGAUGACAGAACAAAAAUCGAACAAAUUUCGAUAUCGCCCGUAUCGGUCGGAUAUCUAAUUUUGAAUAUGUUAAAAGUCUGUUAUUCAAAACUAUUUUUUGGAUUUUAACAGACUUUUAACAUAUUUGUGUAUAGAUAUUGUAAACCAUUCAUUCAUUCAUUCAUUCAUAUUGUAACUAAAAUAAAAUAUAUAUUGCUAUAUUUUACCCACCUCUAUUUAAUUGUAUUUGAAUAUUGACUUAUAAUUGCGACGUUCCUACACGUCGGGAGGCUAAAAUAUGAUUGCUCUUAACUUCUUUAAAUAAACGAUCGAUUGUCCUGAAAAUGUGAUCUCUCGAGUCAUUAUGAUAUUAAGACAACUCAAGUCUUAAUUUAAAUUGUUAUUGGCGUUUCUAUUUUCGCUUUAACUAGUCGUACGACUGUGGCAUUUAUUUUUGUCCAAAACAUUGUUAUUGGACAUCACGGUCUGUGUUUUAUAGAGAGAGAAUUCUAUAUCUCAUUUAUAUAAGAUUACACGACAAUAUUUAGUGAAAAGAUAUUCUACUUAAUAAAUCGUUGUGUCACCAAUGUAAACAUUUCGAGCUAUAAACGAAAGUGUUCAAGGGCCCUUCCCUAUGACAUGAAAGUUUUUUCCAAAUUUUUUUGAAUCUCUUCUUUUUCCUGACGAUUACCUAUUUAUUGUUAAAAAUUUCGUAAACGCACAUUUUUUAUUUUGUAACACUAACCGGUUUAUUUUUAUGAUAAAUAAAUACUUAUUACAAUUAAAAUAUAAUUUAUUAAUGGCAUAAUUCUACAUUCAUUCUAUAAAUGGAAAACAGACUAGUGUAUCGCUUUUCUCGUAAUAAUUAUAAUCGGCUUAGUUACACAAUCAGAGAAGUUAAUUAAAUUGACAUUAAUAAGAUAUUAGUUGAUGAUAAUUAAAAUUGUUAAUUGACCUACUUUUUUUAAACGGUACUAAGGAGUAAGUUAAGUAAUUAUUUAACUAUUCUGAGUGCGGCUGAUAGUAUGUUUUUCUAUUCUAUUGAUCCCAUUUGAUUACUAGAAAUAUGAGAUUUUCAUCGCAGUGGUCAUAUGUAAAUAAAAUUGUAUUAGUGAAUCACCUCGUCAAAUUUUUUUUUUAUACAAUCUAGAAUGGCAAACAAGGUGACGGCCCACCCGAUGAAAAGUGGUAACCGUCGCCUAUAGACAUGAGCAGUACCGUGGAAAUAACAGUGUAUACUGUGAUUGCUGUAUUAAUAAUAUAAUUAUUUACUGUAGUACGAACAUCGUGUACAAAAUUUAAAUGUGUCUAUAGAACGAAUGUUGAAAGUAUGUCCUACGUGAUGUCAUAAUAAUAAAAUAUCGCAACACAAUCAUUUGUUGUUACUAUUCUUAUUCGGAAGGGACUCUUAACAUUUGUUUAUUCAUCCACCAUAACCAUGUUAUGCUCAACUUUGGGAAUUAUAGGUUUAUACUCAGUCAUAAAACAUUACGUAUUUCAUGAUUAUAUAUACAUUACAUAAUUUAGGAUGUUUCAUUUGGCAUUGACGUCAUCAUUCAUUAUUUUGACUUAAAUACUUGAUAAUUAUCUACGCUAAUUAUAUAUAUAUAUAUAUAUAUAUAUAAUAAGUAAAGCAGUUCUGUAGUUUAUAGUGCUGGGAAAAUUUUAUUAUUAGCGGAAAUUUUGUAAUUGUCGAAAAGAGUGAUUAGAACUCAUUAAAUUCCAAUUAACCAAACAUUAAUAAAUGAUCAUUACUUAUGUUAAAUGCUUCUUUUAUUACAAGUUUAUAAUAUUAGAAGUAUACAUUUAAUCUCGCUUUUAAUGUUUUUUUUUUAAUGGAUUAUAAUGGAACGGUAUCCCUAACGUUAACGGUAAUACAUUGGCGUGACACCAGUAAGGGAUGAUAGGUGAGAAUGAAAGAGGCAGGUCAGUUAGUCCAUCGUGAUUAAAUACAUUUGGAAUUCAGCACGGUGGUUUCUUGGUGGUUGGUUGGUGGGCAUAUUGCUAGCAAUAGGACCCUUAGAUUCCAUUACCAACAAUCCCAAACCACUUGUAAUGUUAUGUAAAUAGUUAUACAGGCUAGUUUUAACAGCUGGUGCAUAGAGCACGCACCCAGUUGAUGCAACCGGGUGCAUAAUCUAUGCACUUCUUUAUUGACACUAACUUAAAAAAGAAUGAAUUUUUUCUUUGUAUUUAUAUACAACGAUUUUUCCAAAAAAUUCGAAGCGAUUUGUGUGUUAAAAUCAGCUAUUGCUUAUCACUUGACUUAACAAGCGAGAAACAAUAUUUACUGUAUUAUUAAAUUAAAUUGAACGACUCUAGAACUAGCAUCAUAAUCUAAGUCGGUACGAUGCAGUUGUGUUUGAUUAUGGAAAUCGAAAUUUGAUUUUACUAUUACUAUAAACUACAGAAACGCCAAUGAAGUGCUAUGUGUAAAUCUGUGAUUUUUCUGACUGCAUCAAAGCAGUGUGUUAUCUCGAAUCUCUGAACAAAUUAAUGAUAAUAUUUUCUUUUAAUUUUAAUAGGUAUUAUACGAGUCAGUGAGCAAAAGAUAUUCUGUUUAUCUAUACUUUUUUUUUUAUUUUGAUGAUUUUCAUUGUACUCGUGUGUCCUAUUAAAAAACUUGUAAGCAGAAGCAUUAUCGAAGACUCAUUUCGUUUUGCUGUAUUUAUGAGAAAUAUAGUGAUGCCUAAAGAUUUUCUUCAAGAAAUAAAUGUAAAUUACGUAUACCCCAUAUUUAAAAUUCAUAUUAAUUGAUUUUAUCGUUUGUAUACUCUUCGUUAUAACAUGAAUUAUUCGAUUGCUCAAUGGGAACUAUAACACCAUAUCACAAAGAGGAUGCUUCCAUUUUGCUAGUGGUUAGAGAAUUUAGAAAUAAUACGAAUAUCUAUUUGGCCAGAUUUUGAUUUAAAUGUGUUGGUAUUAAAUUAAGUCGCAACUCAGUCUAAUACCAGUGUGACUUUUAGGUGUUACUUUUAUUAGUUGUUUAAUUUAAUAUCUAGAAAGUUAACAUUCAUUUAUAUAACAAACACUGUAACAAAAAUAGUUGCCUACAUUUCACAUAAGAAAUUAUUAGCUAUAGAUCUAAAGCUAAUUUAAUAUUUUUUAAUAUAUUGUUGAUUUUAUUAUAUUAUAAUUGAUUGUUCCCUGAAAAUAAAAACCGUGGCCAUGUUGCGGACUUUUCGGAACUUGUUCUUUUUUUUUAUAGAUUUUUUAUUUAACUACCAUUAACGCAAUAUGGUUCAGUUCAGAUUGCGUUUGACCAUUCACGUUGAAUUUAAACACUAGUUACAUGAAUAUAUAUUGAUAUCAGGGUCAUUUCUACUUAUAUCUUGAGCUCCAUCUUAGCUUUGUGAAUUCCCAUUGGGAUAACUCUUGUCGAUGUUUUUCUAAUGUGUAUUGAAAUAAGAUCAGACUUCUUUAGUUGUUUAUUUCUAAAGCAAAAAAAUAAAUUAAGGGAUCCAUUUAGAAGUAUAUAUCACUACAAAGAAAUAGAAAGAAGGGUGCAUGUCAUAUGGAAUUAAUAUGCCUAUAUUUUUAUACAAAUCGAUUAGUAAAGGAAUAUAUACUUAGAAACAUUUUCAUUAGCGUGUACGUAGUGACGUCUUCGUUAGUAUAGAAAAGAUAAGACGUCAAAUGUUGUCUCGUUAAUAGCGUGUCGAUCGAUAGAUUCGAUUGCUUGCUGUCUAGGGGGUUGGUUACUGAGAUAGAUAAGUCAAUAUCGUUUAAAAAUUAAAAGAUAACUUAUGGUAGUUUAUGGCUCGAACUGCCGCCUUCUUUCUAUUACUAUAUCAUUAACUGUUAUGAGAUUAAUACAGAAGCGAGAUUGUCGAUAUUGAGACAUGUAACUUGGUCACUUUAAUAGUUAUGGAUAGUAUUUUUUUUAAGUCGCAAUAAAGACCUGCACAGUCGGUGGACAAAAGAUGUCCAUAGACAAAAUUUCCCGUUUGCAUUGCAGCAUACAAUUUUGGAGUUUUAUUAUAAACGGAGUAAAACGAACGUUAAGUACCUCGUAGAACGUUAACUUAAGAAACUUGAAAAGCGAGAUACAUGUACAGGGAAAUUACGUCUGCAGACAGAAAGUCCCUCGUCUGUGCAGGCUUUAAGGAUGUAUAGCUUAAAAAUAACAUGUCUCAAGUUUAAGAAAAUUUAAUGUUAUUUGUCUAUCCCUAGACAGGUACUACACUUGGUUCUUAUAUUUCCAUUUAUUUGUUAUUACUGUAAACCUACCCAAUUACCCCUUGGAGUGGGCAAAAACACACAGCACGUUAUUUGCUCCUAUCCUAUCUAUCUAUAUGAGAUACGUAGUGAAAAAUAGCUGUUAAAUAGUUAAAAUGUGCCUGAUAUUUUAAGCUAACAAUAGAAUCGCGUCAAGAAUUUCAAUGUUAAGAGUAAUUAGUAAUGAUAGUACCAUCAUUAAGGGCUGUGCAGAUGAUGGACCUGUCGACGGACAAAAAUUCCUUUUAUAUAAACUGUGCACGUGUAAAAUAUGGCUUAUGUGCAUUAUAGCAUACACUUAAAAUAAAAAUUUAUUUCUACUAUAACAAAAUGAGAAAAAAUUAUUCAGUGAAUAUAAUAUACUAAAUAUUCAAUAACAAAAGUUAUUUACAAAAAUAAAAAGAACAAAGGACUAACACGGUGCCAUUCAACUAUGAGUCAUAUCCUUUUUUGACAUAAGGCUAUUUUUCAAUGGCACCCAUUUGUAGGAGAGAGGGCACCACUAGUCUCCUUAAAAUUAACUAUACGCUUUAUAGCUUGAAAUUUUAACAGGAAAUUUUAUCCAUAGAUUGUCCAUCGUCUGCGCAGGCCAUUAUACGAUGAGGCUUUUAACUGUUAUUACAUAGGAUAAGUCGAGUUAUACAUAAUAAAACAUUCAUAAUAGCUGUCAACAUGUUAAAUGCAAGGGACUGACACGAAUUAAAGGUAGAUUUAGAUCUAGUCCGAAAUAGUACUAUGUAGAGGUUUUGAUUAUAGAUGAAAAUAAAUUUUUGGGCGUUCCCUAUUAGAAAUGAUGUUUGUAUCACAUACUAAAGCUGCAUAGUUUGAAUAUGCAUUGUCGGUACAACGAUUUGAUUUUCUUUUUUUUUGUUAUAUUAAUUGCAUAAUAUAAAAUAUGAUAAUGGAAAAUUGAUGAAGUAUGAAACUAUAAAAAAGUUAAUUAAUUUGAAACGUAAACAGUGAUAAAUGUUCCUUUAUUUUCAAGUCUGUGUCUAUUAUUGUUACUAGCACAAGUGAAAUUUAUAAUUAAAAUUUAUCUUCAUAUUUCGUUAUCUUCAUGUUCUCAAUAAUAAGUAUAUGAAAUUUAAUGAGAUAAUGUUACGAGUACAUGAAUAUAUCAUUUAGUACUUCUAAUUGAUUAUAAUGAUCACGAAUAAUUUGUGGUUACUAGUUACAUAUUUUAUUCGUAUCUGUUCUUGUCACUCUGGAAAUAGGAUUACCAUCCAUCCGAACGUGGACGGACUUUUCCGACAUCUUGUUCUGAUUUUUUAUUUUCAAAUACCGAAAAUCAAAUCAUCUUUAUUCAAAUAAUCUUGUUUAUAAACACUUAAAUUGACAUUUUUUAUGAAUGCUGAAUCGAAAAGUUGCUUUCUGCUGAGAAGAAUCCGCAAACUCUUUAAAAGCUCUUACCAUUAUGUAUAUUUAUUUAAAUGUACCAUGUAUAAAAUUAAUUGGUCAUUAAAAAGCCCGUUCGUGAUCGAUUAACACGGUAACCCUAUUUGCAAGGCCCUUUUUCUAUUUGCCCUAUAUCACUUAUACAUAGACAAUAUUUGUUGAUCGAUAAAGCACUGAUGCCGGCAUGUUAUGAUUCACGACCUUGAUAAUUGCGUUUACAUGGCUAUUUCUCGCCUAUUGACAAAAACAAAUUGUAUCUAGUGUCAAUCGCAACUGCCCACAUCAGUCUUUUCCUGCGUUAUUGAAAACUGAGCGUUGUUACUUAUAGAUAAAUGUGUAAAGGCCUCAGGUGAAGCAAGUUUUACUAUUGUACUAUGGAGCUUGUCAUAUCUUAUGUUCAUUAUUGAUUGAAAAAUUAUUUUUCUACCAAUUUCAUUUUAUAUCAGGGGAGGCCUAUAGUCAACAGUGGAUAAUAAAUUAAUAAAUGCUUAUAAUUGCUUUUAUGAUAGCACCUAUAAAUUAAUAUGCACAUUUAUGAAAUUUUUAUUUAGUUUGGAAAACGGCAAUUAUUCAUAGAGCGAAAUCGAAAUUAUAAGCCUCAUACUAACACGGUGCAUCUUACUAUCAAAGAGGACUAAUAUUUAUUGUCCUAUUUCAACUGUCAUUCCUUUGGGGAAUUUGGUUUUUAAUUUUAGAAAUAAUAUUACCCUUUAAGAGCGUUUAUAAUUUCGAUUUUGCCCUGUACAAAGAGGAAGAAACUUCAAUCAAAUUGUAAAGUACUUGAUUUUAAUAAUGUAACUGUCUCAUAUAUUUUCAAUAAUGGUAGGAGGUGAUUUUCUUUUAUUAGCACCUCCGGAUAUCCACCGAUUCACCCUCUAACUCUUGUAUACUUAGAUAAUAAGUCAUCGUCACAAACUGUACACGUCACUGCCUUUUAUCUUACGUACGCAUUUAAGAUCUCACGCCAGCCUCAGCAUAUUUGUUAUGUAGAUUGAUAAUAACACAGGCGACGCCGUGUGACAAAAUAAAAUUCCAGUUAAUAAGCAGUUACAACAGCAAGUUGGUACAAAACAUUAAAUUAGAUGUAUUAAAUAAUAAAUUAUUUUUUGCAUUAGAUAUCAAUAUGUGUAAAUCAGAGCGAUUCAUAUUUUCAUUUUACUAUGGAUGCGUCUAUAUUUUGGCAAAUUGAAUAUUUUUUGACAAAAUUAAACGGAAUUGAAUUAACUUGUAUUUAACUAAAAUUGUAUUUAUCAAAAGCUGUGAAACUGUACUUAAAUUAUAAUCAAAGAGUAUCUCAGUGUAUUGUCGAUAUUAUCACUAUUGUGAAAACACAAUAAAGUUAAAAUUGAAACAUUA